AGCGUCAAGUCUGAGGCGGCGCGGUACGCAGAGUGUGUGGCCACACUGGGCCAGCGCGUGACCAUCGGCAAGAGCGGCAUCCACGGCUGGGGCGCCUUUGCCAAGCGGCGGCACGCGGAACACGACAUGGUCAUCGAGUAUGUGGGAGAGCUGGUGAGGCCCAGCGUGUCGGACCUGCGGGAGGCGCGAUGCUACGACGACAUGGUGGGCGCAGGCACCUACGUCUUCCGCCUCAACAAGGCGCUGUGCGUGGAUGCCACGCGGGCGGGCAACCUGGCGCACAUGCUCAACCACUCCUGCGACCCCAACUGCUUCUCACGCACCAUCAGAGUGGUGGACCAUGUGAUCAUCUUUGCCAAGAAAGACAUCGAGGUGGCUGAGGAGCUGACGUAUGACUACCGGUUCUGUGGGGAGGAGCAGCUGCCGUGUAACUGCGGAGCAGCCAACUGCCGCGGCCGCGUGAACGAGAAGCCGCCCGAGGGCCAGGUGCUGGCGAGGCGCAGCGAGCUGAAGCCGUACCGCCCACCCCGCAAGCCGCCCCAGCUGGCGACGCAGCAGCCGCAGUGA